GCCUCGACGAGAUCAUCAGAAAACGCGAGCCAAAAGCCAUCGCAAAGCAAGGUAGAAACGGCAAGCUGUUGAGCGGCAUGGCUUUCUACCGCGGCAGCGGCAUGGGCAUGGGCAUGGGCAUGGGCAUGGGUGGCGGCCCUUCGGCGUCGUGGGCGCCGGCGCCGGCGCCGCCGCCGGUCAGCAGGCCGUGGACCAAGGCGGAGGACAAGGUGUUCGAGAGCGCGCUGGUGGCGGUCCCGGAGCACGUGCCCAACCGGUGGGCGUUCGUGGCGGCGCAGCUGCCGGGGCGCACGCCGCAGGAGGCCUGGGAGCACUACCAGGCGCUGGUGGCCGACAUCGACCUCAUCGAGCGCGGCCUGGUGGAGGCUCCGGACUCGUGGGACGACGACGACGACGCCACCGGCAGCGUCGUCGGGGCGGGGCGCGGCCGGCCCCGCGGCUCGGGCGGCGAGGAGCGCCGCAAGGGCGUGCCCUGGACCGAGGAGGAGCACAGGAUGUUCCUGGAGGGGCUGGAGAAGUACGGGCGCGGGGACUGGAGGAACAUCUCGCGGUGGUCGGUGAAGACGCGGACGCCGACGCAGGUGGCCAGCCACGCCCAGAAGUACUUCAUCCGCCAGGCCAACGCCGCCAGCCGCGGCGACAGCAAGCGCAAGAGCAUCCACGACAUCACCAACGCGUGAUGCGCCAUCCGUCGUGGGCAAGAAAUCAAGAAUCCGGUCCGGCCAGAGCCGCCGCCCGUCGUCGCCGCCGUCUGCUCUCUCUCUCUCUCGGCGGUCCGUGCAAAUGUAGGGGAAAGGCGUAGCUCGGCUGGAACCUGCGAUUCGGAACCAGUAAUCUAGCAGUCGUAUCGUAUGGUCGAAUAAAUCGUGUCCUCUGUCGCGUGUGACAUGUUAAGGAAGAAACAGAGUCGGUCAGUUCCGGAAAGGGUUAUAGCAAUCCACCGCAUGGGUUUUUACUGCUUUCCUUGUUUAGUAAACUGGACCGGGUUGAUGAUAGUGGCAUGGCUUUUCACAGCCCGUUCUCAUCCUAUAUACUCCAGUACUACUGUAUAUCAAUCAAAAAAUGUUACCCAAUAUUGUACAACAUC